AUGGAGAUUUUACAAAGUGACCCAGACGUGGAAGGAAAAGACGGGGUAUAUUCAAUUUUGGAUGGUGAUCAGGAAAAGAACGUGUACUGUGAUAUGACUACAGAUGGAGGGGGCUGGACGGUUAGUCAAAAACGCCAGGAUGGUUCUACAGAGUUUUAUAAGACUUGGGCAGAUUACAAAAAAGGAUUUGGAGACCCAUCCAAAAACUACUGGAUUGGGAACGAUGCGAUUCACAACUUAACACAGAAAAAUCAGGAACUACGAGUGGAACUUUUGAGUUUUGCCGACGAGAAAGCGUACGCCUUGUACUCUACAUUUCAAGUUGGAGAUGAGAGCAGUAAAUACCUUCUUACAGUGUCGGGGUAUAAUGGAACGGCGGACAAUGUUGUAGGAGACAGUUUGAGGUACCACAAUGGAAUGAAGUUCACUACGCAGGAUCAGGAUAAUGACAGGAAAAGUGGUAACUGUGCGGUAAGCCGUCACGGAGCCUGGUGGUACAAUGCCUGUGAUAAAUCCAACCUGAACGGGGGUACGCUGGGUCUGGUUUGUCUGGCGAAAAAUACCCGGUCUGGGAUCAUUGGAAACCCGAUACAGCGUUAAAAGGGACAAAGAUAUUGAUCAGACCGAAGAGUUAGCAUCAAUAUAUACCGUGUUUAACACAUCUGGUCAGACCCUAGACUUUAAAUCGAUUUAUACCGUGUUU